CUCGAGUUUAGUCUUUGCGUGGCACGGGAGUUGGACGGUUUAACGGAACGGAAGCCUUCAAGCCGUUGGAGGGUGAAAAUUACUCCUUGUUUUUUGAGUGGAAUAGAAGACAAUUAGUCUAUUGGCUGUGAUAAUCGGCAGUGAUUGAGAAUGUGAUAUCGGGAAAGUGGCAGUUUAAAAAAUACAGUAAGAUACACCAGAAUGCAAAAGUUUAAUCUUAUCGGGCAGACCCGGAUGUGGCGAACCAGACGAAAAUGGAUGGUUUUGAUUGGAUUAUUGUUGUUUGCUGUGGAUUAUACAUGCGCGCAAGAUUGCUACUCCGAGACUUUUGACUUCAACCGUGCUACUGUGGUCCAUGUGGGAGGCGUUUCCAUUCUGGACAUCGCCAAGGAAAUUGCCUCCCACGAAGUGCAAAACGUCAAAAGUGUCCAGGUGACGGCCCUUGAUGGCGCCGUCCUGUACAUUUCGGCCGCUUACGACGGUGGCAAGCUGACCAUCAGCACGACCGAGUCGUUCCGGGAUUACGCCACCAAAGAGACCAGCCAGACGUUGCUCAGCCUGUUUGCGUUCGUCUGUACGACUGGAUCGCGAAACAUCCGGUAUCAGGUCCCUCUCAGGGAGGAGAAUCUGUACACACCAACUUUCAGUCUUCCAGAGUACGAGAUUGUGCUUCCGCUUCCGUUGCCGAGGGCGUUCGAUCUGAUGCAGUACAUCGAUGGGGGAAAGGGUGUCGUUGCUUACGAUUACGAUUUGACGAAGAAUAAAAUCACGUUUGCGCUAUCAGCAAACGAGUACUUUGAGGUGGAAUCAAUCGCGUCAGCAUCACAGAAAGAGUACAUAGCCAGGUUGAGGACGAAGGCUACCUUGACAAGAAUCGAGGAGGGAUUGACCAUUGAUAUCACUGGAACGGACGAAGGCGACCCUCCCAAAACCGGCAAUGCCAAGCUGAAGUUCUCCGGCGAUCCCACAGUGAUCUACACCGAACCUCCCCAGUUCCAGGACACCCUGUACAAGGCAACCUACAAACGCGGCGAGCAAUUCCCUCCCAUCGAGCUCGCCCUAAAGGCGGACACCUUCGACAACUCCGUCACAUUCCAGCUGAGCGGUGACGAUGCGCAAUGGUUCGCGGUCACGCCGAAGGACGACCGCAGCGGUGCCUCCCUAGCGCUCCGUCCUGAUGUGGUGAUUCCGGAGUCGAAGCAGUUCGCUAGCGCGAUCGUGAUCGCAUCGAGGACGAAUGCCGACACGGAUGGUCGGACUGCAGUGGUGGUGGAGAUCGAACCGGAAGUUAAGUUGGUUCCGGUUUUUGAGAAAACGGUUUACGGAGGGGCGGUUGGUCCGGGUUAUGUGGUUACGCUGCCGACGGCGAUCAAACUGGUGGCGGAGAGUGUAGUAGGAGAAGUUGCGCUAGCGUUGAGUGGCGAAGAUGCACGGUACUUUACGGCAACAUCCGGAGACAACGGGAUUCACUUGAGCGUAACGGUGGCUCUGACAGAAGAAGUGCUGAAGGAAAGGCUCUACUUCCACUUUGUGAUUGAAGCUAGGAACGCUGGGGUUGAACAAGCAGGACUUGCUUACGUGGUAUUGGACGUGGUAAAGGAUGAGAUUGUUCCAAGAUUCUUACAAUUGUACUACGAGGGAGCUGUGACAGAGGAGGGAGUCCUGGAUGCUCUAGUCGUUCCAAUUCCUGAAUCUCUGCGUGAAUCCACCAUUACUUACGGUGGGGACACAAGCCUAUUCACGAUAUCAAAGGAAGUAGACAGGAUUACGUUCGCUCCGAAGGACAUUACCGAGGAAACACUGGCUGGAAAAUCGUACCUUCUAGUAAGGAUUAGUGCUUCUAUCGAGCAAGAAAUAGUAGCUGAAACUAUAGCUGUCGUGAAGAUCGUUCGACAAACGAUUGUUACUCCAAAGUUUGCAAACAGUCUGCUUCAAGGUCAACUGAAUGAGAUGACAAACUCUUUGUCAGAGAUAAAAGUGACUGUAAACCCAGAUACCUUCAAAGACGACACUGAUGUAAAGUUGGUUGACACCAACGAUCUAUUCGAACUCAAAGCAACCGCAAACCCCAACGAGUUCACAGUAGCUCUCAAAAAUGGUGUACCAAUCCCGUACCAAUCGCACUUCUCCCUCAUCGUAGAAGCCACCAAUCCAAAGUCCCCAACGGCUCACUGCUUCAUCCUGGUCGAGGUCAACCGCAUUCCAACGCCCCAGUUUGAGCAACUCCUCUACGAAGGCCUCAUUGACAGCAGCAACGUGCUGCAAGAGCUGAAGCUGAAGCUGACGCCGGAAACCUACGACGAUUCGAUCGCGUUCACACUGGUUGACAACGACGCCGAAUUCUUCAAAAUCGCGAAACUCCCUUCAAACGAGCUGCAGAUCACCCUUGCGAAUCCCGACGGGGACGUCGCAAACCGGAACAACCUGCGCUUCAACGUGCAAGCCACCAGAGGGAACUUGGUAGCAACCGUUCCGGUGGUUGUGUUUAUCCAGAAAGCGGAAGUCAAGCUGCCCAAAUUUGAGAAACCGCUGUACAAAUCAACCAUCGGGACGAACCUUGGGCUGGUACCGUUUGAAGCGAUUCGAUUGGUAGCGGGCACGGAAGCGGAAGGGUUGGAGGUGCUGGUUCACUUGAACAACUCGGAUCUGUUUGAGGUUGAGCUGGCUGGACUUGAGCUGACAGUGGCUUUGAAGAAAGCGUUGCUCCCGGCAGAUAUCGAGGGGUACGAAAGGUUUGAGUUUGUUCUAGAAGUUGAGAACCCGGGCGUUGGAUCUGGAUUUGCCACGAUCGUGGUCGAUAUCGAGCGUGAGGUGAUCGUUGUUCCGGAGUUUACGCAGGCUUCCUACGGAGGAACGAUCACUGAGGGAUCGAAAGACAUCAUUUUCGGUGAGACUGUUGCGUUGAAGGUUGGUACAGCAACUGCUGCAGUUCUCUACACUGUUGCUGGAGAGGAUGCUGCUUUAGUUGAACAUCAAGUGCAGGAAGAUGGCAGUCUAAAAUUUGUUUUGAAGGACGCUGUCACCGUCGAUCAACUCAAGGACAAAUCACAGAUCAACUUCGUAGUGCAAGCGAUGAAUCCGGGAAGCACAACAACGUCCGCUGCUUUAGUUGUCCACAUAAUCCGUCCUGUUCAGAUCGUAUUCGCGAAGACCUCUUUCGCUGGAGUUCUAAAGGAAGGUAUCGCUAUAGCAGACUUCUCAGCUGACACCAUUGAAUUCGUCCAAAACACCUUACUGGACGGUGCUACCUUUUCACUAACUGGCACCAACUCCAACCUACUCGAAGUAUCCCUAUCAGCUGAAAAGGACAUCCAGAUAUCCCUUCGAACCACAACCAACUGGAACCAAAUCCGUUUCCUCCCAUACCUAACCUUUUCACUGCAAGCAACCAACCCCGCAGCGCCCACCUCAUCCUGCACGAUCAUUCUGAACGUCGAAAAUCGGGACAUCCCAACCCCUCGCUUCACGAAAACCUUCUACCGCGGCUCACUCCAACCAAGCCGCGACGUUACGUUCGCCGCAACCGACGUGAUCACUCUGCAGCCGGACACGAUCACCGCAACGCUAACCUUCCGGGUGGUCGAAAACGAUCACGACCUGUUCCAGAUAACCCGCGAGGAGGACAAAUUCAAGGUUGCUCUCAAAGAAUCGGUGACCGCGGAAGCGAUCGAAGGUCGCGAUCUGUUUAGCUUCCAGAUCGAGGCGAACAACGAGUUCGGGGCGGCGGACUCGGCGACGGUGCUGGUCAGUGCGCACGUUGAGCAGAUCAUUACGCCGGUGUUUGGGGAGGCGAUUUACAGCGGUUCGAUCCAGGAAGGUUCGACCGCGGUGCAGAUCGGAGAUGUUACUUUCGUGGCGGGAACCGCCGGGGAGAACACCGCGGUGGGCGCCGAUCAGGGCGAUUCCGGGUGGUUUGAUGUGGCGAUUGAGCAAUCGAAGGUUGUGAUUAGGAUAAGGGCUGGGGUUAGCAUCCCUUGGGAUUCUAUUGAGGAUCGAGAAUUUUUCAAGUUCCGGAUACAGGCAACGAAUCCCGGAAGUGAUCCGGCGACUGCAUUCGUGGUUUUGGAUAUUGUACGUGAAGUGAUUGUUGCUCCCAAGUUUACGAGCUCCAACUUCCAGGGAAGUUUGGAGGUGGGAUCAACUGAGGUAAAGUUUCCGGCAGGAGGACUGAUCGAGUUUGAAGCAGGUAGUUUACUUCCUGGGUUUUCGUUGACCUUGGUGGAUAAUGAUCAUGGGAUGUUUGAGGCGAAAGUCAACGGAAAUGAAGUGGAGAUCGCACUGAAGGAAGAAGUUACGGAAGAUGACUUGAAGGAUAAGAGCUAUCUUCGCUUCAGUGUAGCAGUAUCAAAUCCUGGAAGUUCUACUGUGAAAACGGAUGUUGUCGUGAAUUUGAAACGGGAUCCAGAAGUAACGCCUUUGUUUGAGAAGCUCAAUUACAACGGAGCUAUCGGAACUGAUCUUCGGCUGAGUUUGGUGGAACCAAUACGCGUUUCUGAUGCUACCUAUUCAGCAGACGUUGUGGUUGAAGUGAUCGAGUCCAGCAGUAACCUACUUCGCAUCACACAGAACCAGCGAGAAGUUAGUGUCGAACUGACUAAGGAAAUCACUAGCGAAGAUCUGCAGGGAUUACGUAGUCUUCAUCUCACUAUACGAGCAAAGAGUACGAAUCAACUUAGCAGCGUUUGUUUCCUGCUGGUUUCACUACCAGACGAUGGAACGUGCAUUGAUCCAAAACCUCCGAUCGUGGAAUGUACAGACUGUCGUGACUGCUCGACCGGACAGCCGCAGAAUGACGUCCCCGUAUUCCCGUAUGGGAACUAUCGUUUCUUCCUGAAAUCCGAUCAAACUGGAAUGGUUGGAGUGGUCAAGGCUUCAACGGGGGAUCCAUCGAUCGUUUUGAAGCAUCAAUCAAACAUUGAAGAUGCUUACCUCAAAGAACGGUUAUCCUUCUCCACCGACGGAAUUUUGAGAAUUGAACAACCUCUCUAUCCCAUCAACUACCAAUUUCAAGUCACGGCCUUAAACUCACAAGCUGGAAAGCAGUCAACGGUUGACGUCCUCCUAGACGUAACCCAAGAUCUUGAAUGUCCUGCCGAACCAGGAUCGCCUAAAACCCCAACCGUCGAACGAUCCCUAGUCAUCCAAUCCCUGCAGGAAGAAUCCCCCCAUCCAAACAUCUUCCCCUCGCAGCUCGGCGAGUGCGAGUACGAGUUGAUCGGUGAGAGCCCGCUGUUGCUGGACCAAGGUUACUUCUCGAUCGAUCCCACAACGCACUGGUUGACGGCUCGGGCGUUCGAUCGCGAAAACAUCGCGCUCUUCGGUGACAUGCUCGUGCCGCAGUUCCAGCUACGACUGCGACUCGCUUGCCCGGAUCAAGUGACUCGGACGCGGCGAUCUCUGAUCGAGACCGGUGAUCUGAACUACGCGCGGGACGUGACCGUGCUGAACGUGAUCGUGGAGGAUGUUAAUGAUAACAGUCCUGGGUUUGUGUAUCCUUCGGUACAGGGGUUGCACUUUGGAUUCCCGGCUCCGGCGAUCGCUGCCGGAAUGCUGCUUCCGGAGUUGAUCACGGUCGUGGCUACGGACGUUGAUGAGGGGUUGAAUGCUAAGGUGAGGUUCAGUGUUGGCGAGAAUGAGGACUUUGGUAUUGAUGCGGAGUCGGGACGAAUCUACCCGUUGAGGAAUGCCAUGAAGGCGAGUUCGAUGGUGACGGUCGUUGUGCGAGCUACUGAUCGCGAUGGAGCUGAUGAUGGUAGGAGCUCUAGUAUGGAAAUAAGCGUCCAUAGAUUGGAAGAGGACAACAUGGUUAUGAUGAGCAUAGCGGGAGGGGCGGAUGAAGCGGGAUUGCUGAAUCAGAUCAAUAAUAACGCUGAUAGGAUUCGGAUUCAAACGCUGGUUCAGGCUAUAGUUCCUUCGGAUGAUACACAAGGAGAUUCAAAGGCUAGAGCGUCUACAGAAGACUCUGUUCGUCGUCUAGUGGUUUACGCGCUCAACAGUAACAACGAGCUUCAAGACUCGGAUACCAUUCAACGAAUCAUCCGAUCUUCAGCGUUACCAGUAGAUGUCACCACGGAUACCUUCAGCAACGGCUGCUUAGGAUCCCAAAGCGCUCAAUGUAGUGAGGAAUCAACCAUGGUAGGACUUAUAGUAGCGGCCUCCGUCCUUGGGGCACUGUUUUUGGUCAGCGCCGGACUAGCCGUGUUCCUGUACAUCCGCUUCGUACGACCACUGAACACCACCUCGGCGAACCCCUCCGACGUAGUCCAGCUAGAGAAUGACUUUGACAUCUCCCCUCCACCAUCUCCACCAACGCUAGGCGCCAAGAAGAUCGACGACAGUCCUCAGCAAGACCGAAAAAUAUCAAUCCAGAUUGCCGGGAUCACCGAUCAAGAAUCCGAAGACUCCCGCUUCUCAACGCUAGCGGACUCGCUGAACGCCAAGCUGGACAGCGUGGACGAGUACGGGUCCGUCUCCUCGAGGGUAACGCUCGAGGAGCCUCCAUCGACGGAGUCCCGAAACGUCAAGUUCAACGAGCUGGUCGAGCGAAUAGAGGUCGUGGAGCAUCAUCAUCCCGGCGCAGACAACGAUUCGAGCUACAACGAACGAUUCUGAAGGGGGUUUUGGGACGAGGAAAAUAUUUAUUUAUGCACAGUUGGGUAGUUGUACAGAGAAUACACUUUUUUAUACACA